AUGGGUCAAGACACCUUGCUUCAUGGGGAAACCCUGCUUGUCGUUCCAAUCACUGAUCUGAACCACAUAAACCUUCCAUUCUUCAACCAGCAUCAGCAGCAGCUUCUGUGUCCAUAUGCUUCUCAUAGAAAGUACGAAGUUUUCAUUCACUGCAAUGAGCUUCUGGCAGCCAGUGGCUGGGAAAGAGAUGUUCAGCUUCAUUCUGAAGCGGCUGAUAGCCUCCAAGGUGCCACGGCUGUACUUCCAACUACAGAACAUCUAGACUUGGAUGUUCGGGAACUAUACCACAUGCCCAGAUUGAUUUUGGAGCCNACAGUCAGUGGUAACCAGGGACACCCACCUGUGACAGUCAGUGGUAACCAGGGACACCCACCUGUGACAGUCAGUGGUAACCAGGGACACCCACCUGUGACAGUCAGUGGUAACCAGGGACACCCACCUGUGACAGUCAGUGGUAACCAGGGACACCCACCUGUGACAGUCAGUGGUAACCAGGGACACCCACCUGUGACAGUCAGUGGUAACCAGGGACACCCACCUGUGACAGUCAGUGGUAACCAGGGACACCCACCUGUGACAGUCAGUGGUAACCAGGGACACCCACCUGUGACAGUCAGUGGUAACCAGGGACACCCACCUGUGACAGUCAGUGGUAACCAGGGACACCCACCUGUGACAGUCAGUGGUAACCAGGGACACCCACCUGUGACAGUCAGUGGUAACCAGGGACACCCACCUGUGACAGUCAGUGGUAACCAGGGACACCCACCUGUGACAGUCAGUGGUAACCAGGGACACCCACCUGUGACAGUCAGUGGUAACCAGGGACACCCACCUGUGACAGUCAGUGGUAACCAGGGACACCCACCUGUGACAGUCAGUGGUAACCAGGGACACCCACCUGUGACAGUCAGUGGUAACCAGGGACACCCACCUGUGACAGUCAGUGGUAACCAGGGACACCCACCUGUGACAGUCAGUGGUAACCAGGGACACCCACCUGUGACAGUCAGUGGUAACCAGGGACACCCACCUGUGACAGUCAGUGGUAACCAGGGACACCCACCUGUGACAGUCAGUGGUAACCAGGGACACCCACCUGUGACAGUCAGUGGUAACCAGGGACACCCACCUGUGACAGUCAGUGGUAACCAGGGACACCCACCUGUGACAGUCAGUGGUAACCAGGGACACCCACCUGUGACAGUCAGUGGUAACCAGGGACACCCACCUGUGACAGUCAGUGGUAACCAGGGACACCCACCUGUGACAGUCAGUGGUAACCAGGGACACCCACCUGUGACAGUCAGUGGUAACCAGGGACACCCACCUGUGACAGUCAGUGGUAACCAGGGACACCCACCUGUGACAGUCAGUGGUAACCAGGGACACCCACCUGUGACAGUCAGUGGUAACCAGGGACACCCACCUGUGACAGUCAGUGGUAACCAGGGACACCCACCUGUGACAGUCAGUGGUAACCAGGGACACCCACCUGUGACAGUCGGUGGUAACCAGGGACACCCACCUGUGACAGUCGGUGGUAACCAGGGACACCCACCUGUGACAGUCACGGAGCCCAGGCACACCCCACCUGUGACGUGUUGGUAA